UCAGCCAGCCGCCGGAGCCCGGUGCACCCGGUGGGCCGGCGGGCCCCAGACGCCCGGCAGGGGGGACGCGGGGCGCUGCGCAGGGGCGGGCGGGUCCCCCCGCUGACCCCGAAUUGCGGAGCCCAGGCGGGGACGUGUCCGGCUUCCCAAGGAGCGGCGCGCAGGCGCCCCGCAAUUGCCAGCCCCGGUGAGAUGCUCUCGGACGUGGGAAGGGGAUCGCCCUGCCUUUCCCUGCCUCCUGUUUUCUUUCCGGUCCCUCUGCGCCACUUUUCCUCCAGACCCCUGGCUGGGAUUCGUUACUGUUUUUUUUACCUUGUCGCUAAUUUUUUUUUAAUGUUGCCCACCCCAGGGGAACACGUUUGUAACCCGCCCUCUGUAGCUCCCGCUCCUCCAAAUAGCGUUAUUUGAACGGAGAUCCGCCUGUUGAUUAUCCCCCACUCCCCUUCUCUGAGCUUCCACCCACCCUUUGCCCCCACCCCACUUCCGUUUGAUUCCAAACCUUCGGAUGGUGUUUUGGUGUCAUUAGGAGAUUAACAUCCCUGGAGCACCAGGGGAGGAGGAGUAGGAGGAGGAGGGUGGAGGGGAGAGCGAGGCAGCAGGCAGGAAGGUUGGCACAUUUACACGAGUGAGGCUCUCCUCCCGCCGUCCCAGCCACCCUCGGCUCCUCGGUGGCAGCGGAGGGGGCGUUUGCCGGCGCGGCGGGUUGCGGACGGCGGCUGGCGGGUGCGCCCGGGACCCGCGCCCGCGGAGCUGAGGGCUCCUGAGCGCAGCCUCCCCCUCUUUUAUGAGCAGCGAGGCGGCGGAGCGGCAGCGGGGGACACCAGGAGGAGCAUUUCUUCCCCCGGGUUUAUGAAUGGCACUGACAUGGAGGAAAUACCGUUUCAGAAAGUCAAGACCAAGAGGAAGAAGUGCUGCCACUGCUGCUGCUCCCCGCCAGCUGCUGCAGCGUCGGGAGCAGGAGCCGGGCUGGGGGACCCCCCUCCCUUGCUGCUGCUGGAUGCCAUCGCCUGCGAGGACGAGUUUGACUGCAAGGAGCUGGAGGCUCUCUUCCAGAGCUACAACCUGAAGCUGGAGCAGACGUCCACCCUCAAGGCGCUGGCCGUCCUCAUUGUGCUCACCGCCAGCCUGGCCCUGGUGGAGCUGCUCUCCGGCCCCAACUUGACCAUCUCCAAAGGUUCGCACCCAGUGCACUGCAUCAUCUUCCUCUCCCUCUUCAUCGUCACGAAUGUCAAGUACCUGCAGGUCACCCAGCUGCAGCAGAUCGUCAAGCUCACCUUGCUCUUCAGCUUCACCUUCGCCUUCCUCUGCUGCCCCUUCUCGCUCGGCGCCUACGGCAUGGAGCCUCCCAGCGCCCCCGAGCAGGGCAUGUGGCAGCUCAUGCUGGUAACCUUCGUGUCCUACUCACUGCUGCCCGUCCGGACUCUGCUGGCCAUCGUCUUCGGGCUGGUGGUGUCCGUCUCCCACCUCAUCGUUACCGCCACCUCCGUCAGUGCCAAGAGGCAGCGGCUCUGGAGGACGCUCGUGGCCAAUGCAAUCCUUUUUGUCAGUGUAAAUUUGUAUGGGGUCUUUGUGAGGAUUUUGACAGAAAGGGCUCAGAGGAAGGCAUUCCUUCAGGCCAGGAACUGCAUUGAGGACAGGCUGAGGUUGGAGGAUGAAAAUGAAAAACAGGAACGUCUCUUGAUGAGUCUGUUGCCCAGAAAUGUUGCAAUGGAAAUGAAGGAAGAUUUCCUGAAGCCUCCUGAAAGGAUUUUCCACAAGAUUUACAUUCAAAGGCAUGACAAUGUGAGCAUUUUGUUUGCAGACAUUGUGGGGUUUACUAGUUUGGCAUCACAGUGUACUGCCCAAGAACUGGUGAAGCUGCUGAAUGAGCUUUUUGGAAAAUUUGAUGAGUUAGCUACAGAAAAUCAUUGCAGAAGAAUAAAAAUCCUAGGGGACUGUUACUACUGUGUAUCAGGAUUGACCCAGCCCAAAACAGAUCAUGCCCAUUGCUGUGUUGAAAUGGGACUGGAUAUGAUUGACACCAUCACAUCUGUUGCAGAAGCCACAGAGGUUGAUCUCAACAUGAGAGUUGGAUUGCAUACAGGAAGGGUGCUUUGUGGGGUCCUGGGUCUCCGAAAAUGGCAAUAUGAUGUCUGGUCAAAUGAUGUGACUUUAGCUAAUGUAAUGGAAGCUGGAGGACUGCCUGGGAAAGUUCACAUUACAAAGACCACCUUAGAGUGCCUAAAUGGGGACUAUGAGGUAGAACCAGGAUAUGGUCACGAAAGGAAUAGUUUCUUGAAGAAGCAUAAUAUUGAAACGUAUUUUAUUGUGCCAUCUCAUCGUAGGAAGAUAUUUCCUGGACUGAUUCUCUCAGACAUUAAGCCUGCAAAAAGAAUGAAGUUCAAGACAGUCUGCUAUCUGCUUGUUCAGCUCAUGCACUGUCGUAAGAUGUUCAAAGCAGAGAUCCCUUUCUCCAAUGUCAUGACGUGCGAGGAUGAUGAUAAGAGGAGAGCAUUAAGAACAGCCUCUGAAAAACUCAGGAAUCGUUCCUCUUUUUCUACCAAUGUUGUAUACAACACUCCAGGAACUCGAGUAAACAGAUACAUCAGCCGCUUGAUAGAGGCCCGGCAAACUGAGUCUGAGAUGGCUGACUUGAACUUCAUUACCCUGAAGUAUAAGCAAAUUGAGCGUGAAAAUAAAUACCACCAGCUUCAAGACGAGUACUUCACCAGUGCUGUAGUUCUCUCAUUAAUUCUAGCUGCCUUAUUUGGCCUUGUCUACCUUCUAAUAAUACCACAGAGUACCGUAGUUCUUGUUCUCCUGGUGUUCUGCAUAUGCUUCCUAGUGGCUUGUAUUAUGUAUCUACAUGUCACACGAGUACAAUGUUUUCCAGGGUGCCUGACAAUACAAAUUCGUACCAUUUUGUGUAUUUUUAUUGUGAUCUUAAUAUACUCCGUGGCUCAAGGAUGUGUGGUUGGCUGCAUGCCUUGGGUUUGGAAUACCAAUUCCAGCAGCUCAAUAGUUAUAAUAUCUCCUGGUGGAACAAAUAAAACAAUGAAUGAACUUCCAUGUGACACAGCCCACUAUGCUUUCCUUUCCUGUGUAGUGGGGACUCUCACCUUGGCAAUAUUUCUACGAGUAUCUUCCUUGCCAAAAAUGAUUCUCCUGCUUUUUGUUACAAUUUUGUACAUAGUUAUUCUGGAACUCAGUGGUUACAGAAAAGCAUUGGGGGGUGGCUCCUUUUACAUGCGUGGCUAUGAACCAAUACUAGCUAUUUUGCUUUUCUCUUGUGCUUUGGCACUGCAUUCAAGACAGGUGGAUUUGAAACUGCGUCUGGACUACCUCUGGGCUGUGCAGGCAGAAGAAGAGAGAGACGAUAUGGAGAGAGUCAAGCUGGAUAAUAAAAGAAUUCUCUUCAACCUGUUGCCAGCACAUGUUGCACAGCACUUUCUUAUGUCUAAUCCAAGAAAUAUGGACCUUUAUUACCAGUCAUAUUCACAAGUAGGAGUGAUGUUUGCUUCCAUCCCAAACUUCAAUGAUUUCUACAUUGAAUUGGACGGCAAUAAUAUGGGAGUGGAAUGUUUACGCCUGUUAAAUGAAAUUAUUGCUGAUUUUGAUGAGCUUAUGGACAAAGAAUAUUAUAAGGACAUAGAAAAGAUCAAGACAAUUGGAAGUACAUAUAUGGCAGCUGUGGGACUUGUACCUACUUCGGGAACUAAGGCUAAAAAAUCAAUUUAUUCCCAUCUGAGUACACUGGCAGAUUUUGCAAUAGAGAUGUUUGAUGUUCUUGAUGAAAUCAACUAUCAGUCCUACAAUGAUUUUGUCCUGCGAGUUGGUAUUAAUGUUGGGCCAGUAGUAGCAGGAGUCAUUGGAGCCAGAAGACCACAGUAUGAUAUCUGGGGAAACACUGUAAAUGUUGCCAGCCGGAUGGAUAGUACUGGAGUGCAGGGAAAAAUUCAGGUGACAGAAGAAGUUCAACGGAUAUUAAAAAGGUGCAGUUAUGAAUUCGUGUGCAGGGGUAAAGUUAGUGUAAAGGGAAAAGGCGAAAUGUUGACCUAUUUCCUGGAAGGAAAGGCUGAUGGAAAUAAUUCCCAAACACGGUCUUUAAACUUAGAGCGAAAAAUGUACCCUUACGGGAGGGCAAACAUUCAAACAAAACUGGGCACCAGCUGUCCGUCAGUGUCCUCAGUUGCUAGCUUUACUGCAAAACCUGGGCUUGGAGCAGGUCAAGCUUCUGCCAGUCACACAAAUCAAACACUGCAUUAUCUUCCUUCUGUGCCAGCUGUGAAGGAGGCAUAGAACAAAGGAGAUUUGGUUGUCAUCUGCAGUGAACUUGGAGAGUAAUGGUUGACUGAAUUUUUACCAAGAAGUCAGAGGUCAUAGGCCAUGGCAUUAACCAAGGACCACUACAACCCAACCAAAGAGAACUUGGGGACUGUGUAACAAACUCUUGGGAUGGAACAUAUAAGGGCUAGCAAUUCUGUUAGGAAAAGUCAAAAUGGGAUUUUCUGGAAAUGAGGAAUAUUUUCAUGGCAUUUUUAAAAGGUAGUUGAAAAAAAUUAGAUAAAUGUGCAAGCAAUUAUUUAUGUAUGUGUGUGUGUAUAUAUAUGUUUUAAUCUAUAUAUGCACAUAUACAAACAGUUCUGUGUAGACUUAAUAGAGGUUUAUAGAGAUAAACAAAAAAUGUGUAUUUAUUUACACAUCUACCUGCAAUGACAUAGUAAAGAGAUUUCUUUCUGUCAUAGCCAGCAUUGUUGGGCCUGGGAUUAGGAAAGCUUCAUUUCACCAUGGAAUAUGGGGCACCUGGAGACUCUCCAGGGCUACAGCAAGAGUUAGAGAAACUGUGCUCCCAGUGCAUGAGUUAAAGCAAUGAGAACAGUGUUUAUUGUGCUGUCAAUGGCAGAUUAAUGAAGGCUGGAUUCAGCUAAUUACUAAACCCUAUGUAAUUUUUAAAGUUCUCCUUGCAUGCUUCAAAAAUUUCCAAAAAAUUCCAAUCAAACCAUAACACUAGGAUAUGAAGUAGGUAAACCACAGAGCUUAAAGUUUAGGCAGAAGAACAAUA